CACGUUUAUCACUGACUGACAUUGGUCAAUGUUUUGUUUCUAAGUGAAGCACCGCAAUAGUAUGUAGGGCUAAAUACAGAAAAUACACUGUGGCUACCGGUAGCUAAGGACGAUGUUCCUGUGGCAACCCAGGUUGUUGCUUCAUUACCGGAUUCAGCAGCAGCUGACCUGCCGUUGCGUCCACAGCCUGGCUUCAUUCCAGCAGGUCAGCCGGCUACCGGAGAGGAAAUGGCGAGGUGUCGUGUUCCCCUUCAGUUCGCUGGAAGGCCAUCUGGACCGCAGCGUGGACCGGGGAGACUUCCAGCUCUUCCACCCCAGCGAGGAGGACCUCCAGCGGGCAGAGCGACUCUUCACACCCUCUGCUAAGCAUGUCAUCCUCUAUACUUCCUCCGCUGUCCGAAUGGACCACGUACCUGAAAUACAGCAGCCAGAGGUGUGUUUCAUUGGCCGGAGUAAUGUUGGGAAGUCAUCGCUCAUCAGAUCGCUCUUCUCUCUGGCUCCAGAGGUGGAGGUCAGGGUCUCCAAAACGCCGGGUCACACUAAGAAGAUGAACUUCUUCCGAGUGGGCCAGGCCUUUUCUCUGGUGGACAUGCCCGGGUACGGCCAUAAGGCUCCCAGAGAUUUCGUUGACAUGGUGGAGCCUUACCUGCAAGCCCGGGAGAAUCUGGUGCGGACGUUCCUAUUGGUGGAUGGCUCUGUGGGGCCUCAGAGAGCCGACCUGGUUGCCGUGGAGAUGUGUGAGGAGUUUGGCCUGCCCUAUGUGAUGGUGAUGACUAAAAUAGACAAGGUCCGGCCUGGCAUCCUCCUCCCACACUUGCUGCAGGUCCAGAACCUUAUCAAGACCCAGACCAAAUACUGCUUUGCCCAGCCCUUUUUAGUCAGCUCCACACAGUUCUCAGGAGUUCACCUGCUCAGGUGUUUCAUCACCCACGUGACAGGGAACCUUCAGAUGGAUUCGACUACCAGCUGAGGACACACACACACACACACACACACACAUGCACGCAUGCACAAACACACGCAUGCACACAUGCGCGCACACACACACACACACACACACACACACACACACACACACACACACACACAUGCACACAUGCACAUACACAUGCACCACUGACCACCACUGAUCAGCACUGAUGCGUCGUGUUCCUGAUGACCUGUGCGCUGUGCUGCUGGUCCUGGAUCCUGGACUGAGCCCUGAUGACCUCUGGCCUGGACUGAGCCCUGAUGACCUCUGGCCUGAACUGAGCCCUGAUAACCUCUGGCCUCUCAGCACCAGACUCCCUCUCUCAACCUGCUACAGUGGGCCUUACACAAGUCUAACGUCCCAGGUGUGAACACUGCCCCCCCUCCCCACUCACCUGUCCCAGGUGUAACUUUGACCACCCCCACCUGCCCCAGGUGUCCCUUUGACCCCGCUCUGUGUUGUUGGAGAUGACUGCUGUGUCAGUGACCUCUGCCCUCUGACCUUGUCUCAGAAGUGAGUGGAAUGUUCAGAGAUAUAAGGCUAUAAUGUUUGCUCAGUUUUGACUGUAUUUGCUUUGCUUCAGAGCCCUGGAGAGAUAUAAGGCUCUGCUUUGCUCUUGCUAUGUAUGUUAUACUUCAGAAAUCAGACUUCAAAGUGCCUCCACUGCUUUGGACUAGCCGAGCCUGUGUGUUUGGUCCACAGUCUAAAUGGACAGUUGGACUAGCCAAGCCUAUGCGUUUGGUCUGCUAGCCGAGCCUGUGUGUUUGGUCCACUAGCCAAGCCUGUGUGUUUGGUCCACAGUCUAAAUGGACAUGGGAGAAGUUGACGUCAGAGCUGCUGUUGUGUUUGCAUCACAGUAGCCUAGCAGACAUAGUAGUUGAGCCAAACAUGUAUUUAUUCUAAUGUAGUCUGAGAUUAUGUUUAUUUUUUAAUAAAUAUCAUUUUUAUAUAUAUAUAUAUAUAUA